CUGCCGCUGGACACUAGUUGCGCGUGCGCUCCGCUGCCCCGGGCGCCCGCGCACUUCGCUACGCGCCUCCAGCCUGCUACCACCUUCUAUAUUUCACAUUCUACUUCUAUACGAAAAUUACUCACGCUCUUAAUUCCUUUCUAUUUAUCUUUGGCCCUUUGAACUAUUUAGUAAAUUUUCGUGGAGGUGGUUAUUUUGUUUAGUGUUGCAAUAAUAAAAGUGAAAAACCGCGAAAUUUAUUCGAGUGCUGUUUAAGUACGCCGAUAAUGACGAUUUAAGGAUUUUUAUGUGCAUCCCGUAAUCAAAAGUGAUUUCGAAUAUAAUGAUCUCGCAUCGCAACUGAGACUGAAAAAUUUCAAUGAUGAUCGCGAAGGACGUCAAAGUCAAGAUGUCAGAUGACAGCAAACCUGCGGGAGGUGCGGGGGAGAGCCAGUUCAACCUGGAUGGUAUUCUGGUCGAGCUGGGCUCCUUUGGCAAAUACCAGCUGCUGCUACUGCUGCUGUUGGCCUUCCGCGACUCAUUCCUCGCAAUGUGCAACUACAAUUACGUGUUCACCGCCAUAGAUGUCAGUUACAGAUGCAUUGUGCCGGAAUGUGAGGAUGUGGACUCGCGUUUCAGUGCUUCUUGGAGGAAUUUUGCCCUCUCGAAUGACAGCCACACAUGCCUCCGAUUGGCACCGGUCCCCGCUUCUCAAGGGAAUGAUACAUGGCGAACCUGCUCCGCGGAACAAUUCUUUCCUAAUCAAACAGUGCAUUGCGAUAAAGUUAUUUACGAAGACUACAACAGCAUCGUCGCCGAGUUCGACCUCGGCUGCGAACCGUGGAAGCGAACUCUGAUUGGCACCAUCCACAACCUCGGGCUCCUCUUCUCGUUCAUCAUGUCGGGAAUUAUUUCAGAUAGAUACGGGCGCAAAGUGAUCAUAGUGGCGACGCCACUGGUGGUGGGAGUAGUGGGGUUGGUGAAGUCCUUCUCUGUCAACUACUGGAUGCUGGUGGUACUGGAGUUCCUUGAGACCGCCCUCGGCUACGGCAACGCCUCAAUGGUGCUCUCUUUGGAGACGGUGAGCCACAAGCGCCGCGUGGUGUUUUCGUGCAUGUCAGAUAUAUUGUCGAGCUUCGGCACAGCGUUCUUCGGCCUGAUCGCGUGGAAGGUACCCUACUGGCGGUCACUGAUGCGCGCAAUCUACGCACCGCUGCUGGUAGUAGUAUUCUACAUCUUCCUGGUGGACGAAGGCGUGCGGUGGCUGCUCGCGCACAACAAACGCGAUGAAGCCGUACGCGUGCUCAACAAAGUUGCCAAAAUCAACAAAAUUACACUCUCGCACAAAGCCAAAGAGAUGCUCACUAAGAUUUCCGAAGAAAAUAAUCAAGUUACUCAGGCAGAAGCGAAACAAAAACAAGAGACGUUCUACAUCUUGCGCUUGAUGCGCUCGAAGACUAUAAUGUUGCGACUAUGCCUAAUGUCUGCGUGCUUCUUCUGCGCGACGUUCGUGUUCAGCGGGACAAUCAUCAACUCUGCCACCAUCUCCGGGAAUAAAUACAUCAACUUUGCGGCGCUGAACUUGGUCGCCAUCCCCACGAGGGUGAUCACAGCAUUCACGCUCACACGGUUCGGUCGCAAAGCGCCCAUCUGCGUCGCCUAUUGUUUCUGUGCGGUGUUCUUUAUCGCCGCUGCUUUCGGACCCAAAUCAAUGGGAUGGAUAUCGUUGAUGUUCUUCCUGAUGGGCAUGAUGGGCAGCUGCUACGGGGUGUUCUCGCUGUACGUAGUAGCAAUGGAGGUAUUCCCCACCACAUCGCGCAACUCGCUCACCAACCUCGCCACCACCGUCGGCCGCCUCGGCAGCGUACUCGCCCCACAGACUCCGCUUUUGGAAAAGUACAUGUCCGGCUUGGCGACUGUGAUGUUCGGCGCUGUGUCCUUGGGGCCGGCGCUACUAGCGCUGCUGCUGCCGGACGCCAGCCGCGCGGCGCUGCCCGACGACGUCGCCGCUGCCGAGAACAUCGACAAGCGCGACGACACCGCCGAUGACCACUGUGGCGUCAAUACUACGUCAACAGAAAAAGCAUCUAUCCCUUAAAAUCCUAUCCGUGAAAAUUAAGGGUCUACAACGUCGGUGCAGUGACUCGUCGUUAAUAUAAAAUUGCUAACUUUCGAUCACUUCACAAGUGUAAAAUACAACAUAAGAAUUCUAUGGAUGCUUCUUAUGUGCCCACGAAGCCUCGGUGCCAUCGUCGGUUGUCAGCCUGUCCACGUGCUCAUCGUAUGUGUAAGUCCGAUUAGUAACAAUAAAAACGGUGAUACUAAAAUUAGAAUUGUUGCCAAAGUAUUUUACAUUACUUAGACAUAAAUUUGUAACUGAUAGACUUUAAUGUAACAUAAGAUUUCUAAGAAUCUCUAACGAAAAUGUCAAAUAGUAUUAAGUGAAAAAUAUUCAUAAACUGUUGUUUUCUUAAUACGUAAUUUAUACCAUUUAUACUUGUAGACAUAAAACACUUCAAGUACUUAUAAAAGGUUUGUAUAUGGAAUUACAAAUAUUUAAAUCGCGC